AUGUUGGACCCUCUGAUUCUAGCUAUAGCGCCUGGCAUUUAUUUCCUUUACUCCAUACUUAGUAUAAUACACUCAUUAUACCUUCAUCCCUUACGACACAUUCCGGGUCCUAAAUCAUGGAUCAUCCUUCCACUUUUCCGACACAUUUCAGCAGUCCGAGGGCGAUUAGAUACCGACAUACAUCGCUUCCAUGAGAAGUACGGCCCUGUGGUGCGCGUCACCCACAACGAAGUCUCCUUCAACACAGCAGAAGCAUGGAACAGGAUUCACGGGUAUGGCCACCAUGAACUACCAAAAGUGUCGAGCUCCGCUGCCAACCCGAGGGACAUAGUUAGCGCCAACGCAGCAGACCACAGUCGGUUCCGCAAAGCCCUAUCACCCGCCUUUUCCGCCAAGGGCUUACAGGCCCAGGAGCCCCUCAUCAACAGCUACGUAGACAAACUGAUCUCCCGUUUGAAAGAUAUCGCAGAGUCACAGCUGCCAGCUGAUAUGGUCAAGUGGUACAAUUUGACCACCUUCGACAUUAUCGGUGACUUGGCUUUUAAAGAACCUUUUGGAGGUCUUGAAAGCUCUCAGUAUCACUAUUGGGUUGCAACGAUCUUCCAAUUCCUCAAGCUCUUACCAUUCCUCAAGUUAAGAGAUGCAUACCCGACAAUAUUCAAACUCAUAGCCCUCGCCAUGCCAAAAACACUCCUAAAUGCACGGGAGCGGCAACGGGCACAUACUAGGAUAACUGUUCAGAAGAGACUCGACAAUGCAUCGAAGUAUGAUCGAGGGGAUUUUAUGGAUUCGAUGUUGCGGAAUAGCGGCACAAAAGACGGCUUGACUCACGAAGAGCUUGUGGCUAAUGCUAACGUUCUUAUUAUUGCUGGCAGUGAGACAACUGCCACGAUCCUCUGCGGCGUCACAUAUUGGCUCCUAAAGAGCCCCGACGCUCUCACGAAAGUAACCACCGAAGUUCGUUCCAUCAUGAAGUCCGAGGCCGAUAUUUCCGUCAGCUCUGUGGCCGCGAAGCUCCCAUACAUGCAAGCUUGCAUCGAUGAAGCGUUUCGCAUGUAUCCUCCUGUUCCGACCGGGCUCACACGUAUGACUAUCGAGCCGACCCUCAUCUCGGGCUAUGAAAUCCCACCUGGCACCAAAGUAUUUGUGCAUCCGAUUGCUGCAUAUUACUCACCUCGUAACUUCCACGCACCGGAGCGCUAUCUUCCUGAGCGGUGGUUACCAGAAGCUAAAACAGACCCGGCUUCGCCAUUUUUUUCGGAUAACCGAGAAGUCCUCCAACCUUUUUCCAUUGGUCCUCGUAACUGCAUCGGGAGGAACCUGGCUUUUGCUGAAAUGCGAGUAAUAAUAGCCCGUCUGCUGUGGAAUUUUGAUAUAGAGAUUUGCGAGGAAAGUAAGAACUGGUCAGAUCAGAAGACUUUUACUUUAUGGGAGAAGCCUCCAUUGAUGUGCAAGUUGUCUUUGCGCAACUAG